GGGAAAAACCCUGGAAUGAGUAGGAUCACAGAGGCCUUUAUCAAGGCGAACCCCCACAUCCAGAUUCAAGGUUCAGGGGGAAAGAUGUUCACCAUCUCCGCAGCAAUAGACGACAUGGAGGCCUACACUAAACUCACUGACAAUAUGUUUGAGCAGAUUCUGUACUCGUCGUCCUCUAAGCUGGCUGAGGCCAGAGAGAUCCUUCAAAACAUCACCUGCAGACGCCUCUACAAGUGUGUGGGACAGACCCAGACUGAGGUGCGCGUGGAGGUUUCACAGAAAAAGCUCCUGGAGUGGGCAGGCUGUGUGGCGAGGUCCAGGCCUCGGAAUGACCUUAAACAUGUUACUCUGCAGCCAGAGGACUUUGUUGUCCAUAUCAUCAACAUGGACUGGGGUAUGAAGGAGAAGAACCCCAUCAACAACAUGCGUUUCUACUGUAAGAACGACCCAACCAAAGCUUACCAGAUCAGCAAGGACCAGGUGUCCAAGCUGCUGCCAGAAAGGUUUGCUGAGCAGCUUAUCAGGGUCUACUGUAAGAAGACUGAUGAGAGGACCAUGGAGGCAGCUAAGAAGAACUUUGCCCAGUGGUGUAUGGAUAUGAACUUCUCCAAACCUCAGGAUGGAGAUGUGAUUACACCAGAGGUCACCUAGGACCAGGGGUUGGUGACCACCACCUCAAGAAAAUGUGAGUCAGGCUUUCGAAAGAAGUCACUUUACUCAGGGUUCUGUUCACUCUGAUUCAGUUUUCCAGGGAUUAGAUCAUGUAGUCUUUCUUUUAUUUACUUUUGAUGUUUUAUUUCAAGCGUACAUUUUAGGUUUGGUUAUCUUAACGUUAUGCUAUUUCAUGGUAAGAGAAGUGUAGGAGUAUGUGAGUAUACAUACCUGUUCUCCCAGGCUAUGCAUGUUGACGUGCCACUAUCACACAUGGCUCUUUCAGAUAGCCAAGCAACGACUUUUACAUAUUUAUCCAUCCUGGUGGAAGUUACUCUUUGGACAAUCAUGCUUUACCUUGUAAUACUCCCAAAGCUGAAUGGGAACUUAUCCUUGGUGUUAUAUUGAUCAACAUGCAAACAAACAGGUAACCGUUGUUUGUGUUUCAGGGCAUUGUCUUUCUUUUAUGCAUGGUUUCUACGCUGUUUUAGUUGUUAUAUACCCAGCUACCAUAGUUAGCCUGGUCAUGCAUAUCUACAGUAUCUAGACUAAAGUAGGAGUUGGCUAAGCACAUACAGAUCAAAGAUCAGGGUACAAUGUAGCUUAAUUAUCUUCCGAAAAGACACCACUUUAACUGACAAACAAUGUUAAGUUAUCAUAUUAUCUUUGUUUUCAUCCAUGUACCCUACUGAGGCAAGCAGCUAUCUGUCUAGUGUUUGGUAUCAUUUGGGAGUCUCGUUAUCUUCAUUUAAACAACAUGAACACAAUGUUUACCCUAAAGUCUGCCUCGAUGAGCCCACAGCUGUUGAUCAGACAGACAUGUUUGUUGAUUUAAGUUAUGCACUUUGUUUUAAAUAAAUAAUAUAAUUUUGAAUGAAAGACUAA